AUGGACGCGCCUGAGAGAUACCUAGAGCAGGCAACGGUACCGCCGGGCAUACCAGCACCCUCGAGCCGAUCAGAGCAGUUCGACGAACUCAGUCUCGACGACGACAAAUCUUCGAUCGACUCUAAGCACGGUGAAGGCCUCCGCUCAUCGGGCAGCAGAAGCACCACAGCCACAGAGUCGAAUGCUCCCGCAAGCAGACAGCAAACCCCACUCGGUCCCUCGCGAUCGCACUUCUCACACAUCUCGCAAUCCCGCUCCCGCUCCCAUCCCAACGCCGAGGACGCCAUACUCGACGUCGAAAAGCAAACCCCCUCGCAGCCCGCAGAAAACGACCCCAACCUCAUCGACUGGUCCGGCCCCAACGACCCCUCGAACCCCCAGAACUUCCCCCUCUGGCGCAAAUGGCUCAUCACCCUGCUCCUCGGCAGCGUCACCUUCUGCAUCACCUUCGCCAGCAGCGUCUUCAGCACCGCCACCGUCGUCACGGCCCAGAAGUUCGGCGUCUCGAACGAGGUCAUGGUGCUGGGCACCUCGCUGUUCGUCCUGGGCUUUGCCGUCGGGCCCAUCGUCUGGGGCCCGCUGUCGGAGCUGUACGGCAGGAAGUAUCCGAUGUUCGUGGGCUUUUUCGUCUUUGCUGUUUUUCAGAUCCCCGUUGCGGUUGCGCAGAAUCUGCAGACGGUUAUGGUGUGUCGGUUCUUUGGGGGCGUGUUUGGGUCGGCGCCGCUGGGGAUUGUGGGCGGGCAGUUGACGGACUUUUGGGGACCGCUGGACAGGGGAGUUGCGAUGACGAUUUUUGCGGGAGCGACUUUCCUGGGGCCUGUUUUCGGCCCCAUCAUCGGCGGCUUCAUCGUGCAAAGCCAUCUCGGCUGGCGCUGGACCGAGUACAUCACAGCCAUCAUGUCCUUCUUCUUCGGCGCCGUCAGCUUCGUCCUCAUCCCCGAGACAUACGCCCCGGUCCUCCUCUCCCGCCGCGCCGCACGCAUACGCUUCCAGACGCGCAACUGGGCCAUCCACGCCAAGGCGGAUGAGCAGCAGAUCGACCUAACAAAUAUCACAGAGAGAUACCUGCUCCGGCCCUUCGUCAUGCUGCUCCGCGAGCCGAUCCUCGAUCUCGUCAGCCUGUACAUGGCGCUCAUCUACGGCAUCCUAUACCUCUUCUUCGAAGCAUACCCGAUCGCGUUCCAGGAACAACGGGGCUGGAGUCCGGGCAUUGGCGCGCUGCCUUUCCUAGGUAUCACGCUGGGCGUUAUACUCGGUGGAGCGAUAAUCGUGUUCACGACCAAGACGCGCUUCGCCCGCAAGCUGGAAAAGCAUGGUCGAGUCGUCCCCGAGGAGCGCCUCAUACCCAUGAUCAUCGGCGGCUUCUUGUUCCCGGCCGGCAUGUUCUGGUUUGCCUGGACGAGCAGCCCGCAUAUUUCCUGGGUGCCGCAGGUGCUGGCUGGCAUUCCGAUUGGCGCGGGUGUGCUUAUGAUCUUCUUGCAGGGGCUGAACUACAUUAUCGAUUGCUAUUUGAUGUACGCCAACUCAGCUAUCGCUGCCAACACCUUCCUCAGGAGUGGGUUUGGGGCUGGCUUUCCGCUUUUCGCUACGGCGAUGUACCAUACGCUCGGCGUCGAUUGGGCUACGUCGCUAUUGGGUUUCUUGACGGCCGCGCUCUUUCCGGUACCGAUUUUGUUCUACUUCUAUGGCAAGAGGAUCAGGGCAAUGUCGAGAUUUGCUCCAACGUAG